GUGGCAUGAGCAUUUUAAAAUGGCAGCGCCCUGUAGCCAUCGCACAUGCCAUCGGAUGACAGCAGCGUAGCAGUAUGUGUGAAUAGCGUUCUCUUUGAAGCUUUGCUUGUGCUUGAGAAACGGCCAGUAUGUCGCUGUUGAACAAUCUAGACGAUUUGCUAAACACAGCGCCCGCACUUGUAGACCCAGAAGACGAUAUUCAUGAAGAUACCAAGGCAAGGCUGGUGAACACAUGCGCUGCUGACUACGAGGAUGUCACGGCUCAAAAGCCGAAGCCUCGAAGGCAGCCUCAAGUCAUAUUGGGCGAUCGCUACGUGGGAAAAAAGGUGUCCAGGAAAGAUCUAGACGAUGAUGGUUUUGAUACAGACGAUGACAUGUCAGAUUUGGGCAGCAGUGGUGACAAAGAUGGACAGGAGAAUGCAAAGAACGCGGAGCAUGAGCCAUCGGCAUCUGAAGGCAGCGACGAUGAAGAUGAGUUGGAUGACGAGGAGGACGAAGAGCAUGACAGUGAAGAGGAUACUCUCCUUGACGGUGCAACAUCCACCUCUCACCAAAAAAGCUCUGAGGCGGCCGGAGUGGAUAACUUUUCGACUGUAGAUGUUGCAGCUGAAGUCAAAAAGGGAAAGGCAGUCCAUUCCCAACUGCAGAUCUGGGACAGCGUCUUAGAGCUGAGGAUCCAGUUGCAGAAGCUGCUAGUGCUGGCCAACCAGUUUCCGAAGCAUGACCAGUAUCCCCUGUUUCGGUCGGCCGCCCUGGAGCAGGACAAGAAGAACGGCAACCUCAUUGGACAAGCCAAGAGCAGCGUUGAGCUUGUCAUGCACCAACUCCUCACCCUUCAGGAACAGCUAAGGGAUUCCUAUCCCGAGAUCCGAAGUCUCUUUUCGAAUGCUGGUGACAAAGAAAAUGGCGACAAUCAAAUUGACUCUGAAAAUGAAGAAAUUCCCAGUGACACUGAAGCCGAGGAAAGUUCCGACGAGGCCGAAGGCGAGCCGUCCGAAGCUGAUUCUGCCAAGAGGAAGGCUGCAGAACAGGCACAUCCCAAGAAAGCAUCAAAGUGCCGGAAAAUGGACGCUUGCAUAGCAUCAGCUGCAGAGUUCUGGAAGAAGUUUGAACCUUACAGGAAUGCCACCAUUGAGAAGUGGUACGAGAGGACACGACUCCUGUCGGGAAAAGUUGGCCGCAGUUUCGCCUCCCUCGAGCAGUCCCCUGUCAAACAGAUUGAGCAUAUUCUGAUGGACGAAGAACGGCUGCUUCGUAGGACCCAGACCAGACGGUCAUCUUACAAAAUUCUUGGUGCUGGGGAGGCGACAAAUGAUGAGCAGGAGCAGAAGUCUGGCAUGGGAGAACCAGAUGAAGAGAUAUUUGACGAUGACGACUUCUACCAUCACCUCCUUCGUGAAAUCAUCGAGCGGAAGACCUCCAACAUUGACAACCCUGUUGCCCUCAGCAGACAGUGGUUGGAGAUCCAGAAGCUCCGGAAGAAGGUGAAGCGGAAAGUGGACACACGGGCCAGCAAGGGUCGCAAGAUUCGGUAUGACAUCAUUCCAAAGCUGGUAAACUUCAUGGCACCGCUGGACAGAUCAACAUACUCCGAAGAGGCCAAGACGGAGCUGUUCGCAAGCUUGUUUGGACAAAAAAAGUAUGCUGGAUGAAGGGCCUCUAGAAAUAAAGAAAAAAAGUUU